CAUCUCCCUGCACAGCUGCACGCGUCGUGACAGAACGGUGAGGCACUGAUACACACGCAAGACCAGCGGAUGAUCAGGUGAAGGGUUGACAGCCGCCCCACUCUGCUAAGUUUUCUUCUUCUUCUUCUUCCAACCGCUGAUUCCAACUUGUCUGGUGUGUGCUUCUUCACCAAGAUCCUCAGGCCUGAACUCCCAGGAGAUAAAAUGAUGGCUCCAGUGCUGGGCUUGGCCUUGUUGGGCUUGGCCCUUAUCACAACCCCCUCUGUGGCCUUUGUCCCCAUCGGUGCUGGGAUUUCAAAUCACGUUAGCAUUACAGGAACAGCCUUGCUGCAAAAAGUAGCAGAGGCUUGUAAGGCAGUUGCUCAACAGAACGGUUACGACUUCAUAACCACUGGUAGCUCUCCCGAGGAGCUAGUCCAGGCCUGUCUUGGACCUACAGCAACAGGACAGGUGUCAGGCGCAAAGUUCCAUACUGCUCUUCAACAAAUCUACACCCAGAAUGGACUGGUGGACAAAGACUUUGUCAACAGUGAUCCACAUCACUUCAACUCCGAGACCUUCCUGGAGGGGCGUGCCCUGAUCACGGAGGGCAUGGCGUCCAUCAAAGCCAACGUUCGCCAUCAGCACUUCCAGGCUGCCAGAGAAACACUGGGCAGAGUUCUUCACACACUGCAGGACUUUUACAGCCACAGUAACUGGGUGGAGCUGGGAAAAACUGAGCCCCACAUUCGCCCACUAGAGCCAGGAAGGCCCCUCGAGAACCUGGCAGACCUGAACACUCCCACCUGCAAAGACUGUGAGAGUGGAUCGUGCCCCAAUCAACUCUUGUCCUCCAUCCUGCAGGAAAAGAAGCUAACAUCAGGAUACAUGGGGGUUUACUUCAGUACCAAGCCCAAAGGUAAAUGCAGCCACGGAGGAAAAGGUGAUUUGACAAGCACAACCGUCCCUCGUGGUGGCAUCCACAAAGAUGUGAUCAACAGUGAAAACGUAGCCCUCCACAAAACUGCUGUUCUCUUGGCAACAACUGCAAGUCUUCAACUCCUGGAAGACAUUCGCUUAGCCGUGGGGGACAAGGAUUUUCUGAGAAUGAUGGGAAUUGCGCGCUCAUCUGUCCUAGUCUUUGUAAUCGACACCACCGGCAGCAUGUCUGACGACAUCGAUGAAGCCAGAAAAGUGGUGUUCGAAAUCAUCGACAGCAAAAAGGGGACUCAGGAUGAGCCCUCUGAGUACAUCCUGGUGCCCUUCAAUGACCCAGGAUUUGGGCCACUAUCCAAAACUGAAGACCCUGACAAAAUAAAGAAGUUGAUCACAGAUCUAAAGCCUAACGGUGGCGGAGAUAUUCCUGAGAUGUGUCUGUCAGCACUGCAGUUGGCUCUCACUGGCUCCCCCUCUUCUUCCCACAUCUACGUUUUCACUGACGCCAUUGCUAAAGACAUUUCACUCAAGGACACCAUCAUCGCUCUCAUCAGGCGAACCAAGUCUACGGUGUCUUUCUUCAUGACUGGUAGCAGCAGGAGGCGUCGUCGCUCCGCAACUGCUAGCUUUGAUGACUACAGGGAAAUGGCACUGGCCUCUGGGGGACAGGCCAUAGAUGUGUCCAAGAAGCAGCUGCCUCAAGCCACCGCCAUCAUCCGUGACACCUCUACCUCAGCUCUGGUGACAAUUCUUCAGCGAACAGUGAUUCCGGCAGCAUCGAAAACCACCAAUUUUGUGUUGGAUGAAUCUCUCCAAAAUGUCACCAUGUACAUCACAGGUCAAAGUGUCACCUACACAAUCACCAACCCUGCAGGUGUGACCCAGAGCAACACUGACACCUCUGGAAAACUGGGGACGGCUAGUUCAGUUGGCAACUUGGUGAGAAUUCGCCUCAACGACGACAAGCAGUUGGGGAAAUGGCAAAUCCUCACCAACUCCCCACAACCUUACACAGUCAAAGUGACAGGUCAAAGUAUUAUCACGUUUAUCUAUAAUUUUGUGGAACGCUUCGAAGGACCUCACCCAGGUUAUGCAGUUCUCAGUGGGCGUCCACAAGCAGGUGAGGCAGCCCAUCUGUUGCUCUCAGCGAUCGGGAAAAAAGGUCCAUCCUCCAUGAAAAUUGGAGACAUUGGUCUAAUAUCUAGUUCUGAUAAAAUGGAAAAUGCCACAAUCACUGACCUGGGCAAUGGAGACAUCCUGGCGAUGGUGAAGUCUGUCCCCGAGGGAGAGUUUCUGGUUGUUAUGACUGGAACAGACAAGGAAAGCAACAGCGAAUUCCAGAGACAGUCCACUACCUCCAUGUCUGUCUCCAAAGUCAACAUCCAGGCCCACAUUCCAAGUAGUAUGGAACCAGGAGUACAGGUGGAACUACCCUUCGUUGUAAAGACCCAGGGGGCAGGUGGCGAAUACAGUAUUGUGGCAAAUAAUGACAGAGACUAUCCCAUGGUGUAUCCCAAAAAAAUCACCUUGACAACUGGAAAAGAAGUUAAUGAUACUGUGAAGAUCACGCCACCAGGAAACACACCUUCUGGCACUGACGUCACUCUGACCAUGGAAGCCAAGUCAUCGGAUGGCGCUGACUCCAACUAUAUUGUACUGAGAUUGUCUGUUAUCAAAAAGAUCACAGACUUUUACCAGCCUCUUUGUGAAGACCUUAGCGUGAAGGCUGAUGACUGCCCUAUGGAUUUGUCUCUGUGCGCACCCCACCAGUGGGAAAUGUCGGCCAACCUCACCGACGGAAACGGCACAGGUAUUGAGAGCGUCACCCUGAGGCAAGGAAAUGGAUCACUUACGGUCAGCCCUGUGCCCAACCGUAUGGUCAAAGUGAGCUACAAAGCCUCCUGCUGCUCACAGAUUGUCGAGGUUGUAGCUGUGGAUGCAGUUGGAAAUGUGGGAAAGUGCUAUCACUCCAUAGAACGUUCAGCCGGCCCACCUCUUCUAACACUGUCGCUGCCUCUGUGGUUGUGUCUGCUUGUGUCAAUCUUUGUUGCCAGGCCUUAAACGGCUCAGAUGGUAACAGCCCUAAUUGUAAAUAGUUCACUGCAAUAUGGUUAGAGUUACUAUUCUUGAGGGUCGGGUUAAACUCGUACAUUAAAAUGCACUGAUGAUGCAAUUGUAAAGGAAUAUUUACUGAAGAUAAUACAAUAAACAAUAACAUUCAUGUGCACUACCUGAAGGGGGGAUCUCCCAGUUAUUGCAUAUUACUGUGAGGACGGAUCUUAAAAUUGCAUAUUUAUAUG